AUGGCGGAUGUACAGGAAUUACCGACGGAUCGAGCGGAAGUUGCUGCGAGGCGGGAUAAAGACGGUUUGCUUGAUCUUUUGGAUGCGAAGCUUGAGCACUAUCUGCAUACGCUGCAUGAAUAUCAAGAGGCCAUGCAGCAGCUCUCCAAAGAGCUGUCUUCGGGUUACAUGUCACUAGCUCAGGCAAACUUCCACAAUUCCUCAUCUGCGAUCCGGUAUGGACAGGACUGCUAUGACGAACGUAUGCAGGCUUUACGGAAGGUCCACAUCGCUGAACAUGGAAGCGCCAAAAGUGAUCAGCCCUACUUCUCCGUCUACUCACCAUUCGCCACUACCCAGCACUCUGAUCCCGACAACACUUCAAACUCAACAGAGCAGGCAAACGAAGCUCAAGGAUCCGACCUGCCCAAGGCCAAGGGAGAUGACGCAAAAUCCACUCCGGACCCAAACUCACAAUCUUCUCAAAGCUCGGAGAAAGCAAAAGAGGAGUCCAGUUCUACAGAAAAGCCCACAGACCCACUAAGAUGGUUUGGUAUCCUCGUCCCACCUGCUCUACGCACUGCGCAAUCGACAUUCGUAAGCGCCGUUGAGGGCCCAAUCCCGCAACUUGUUACUAUCUUGAGGGACCUACGGACGCAGGAGAUCGAGAUAGGAAGGAUAAGGAAGCAGAUUAAGAAGACAUAA